AAAAAAAUGGGUUAAUCUUUUUUAUCAAGAAAAUAUUUUUUUUAAUCAAUUUUUCUAAAUGCAUCAAACACAAAAUUUUUUUGAAACAAACAUGGCCUUUAAGUUUACAAUGAUGAAAUGAUGAGCUCCCAAAAGUCAAGAAAAUCGGAAGGAGAAAAGUUAAAAGUUAGGCAUUGAAAAAGCUUUUCAAAUUAUACUUUUUGUGUCAAAUUUUCUAUGAUUCAAAACCACUUUUUUUCUCCUGCUCAUUUAACUCAUAACGGUUGGUACCCAUGAUUACAUUUAUUGAAAAGUUUGUUUAGUAUUUUAUUUUUUAUUAUUUGAUCUUAUCUCAACAAAAAUUUUAAUUGGUUCCGAAGAAAAAGCUGCCAUCUCCCACGUCUUUGGAGAAUUUAUAAGGUAUAGAUUUCCUUAUUUGUUUGUCUGUAAUGUGACACUCAUACCCAGCAGAAAGAAGAAGAAAGAAAGAAAGCAAAAUGCUGUUGCAGAUCAGUCUAUGAUUCCUUUCAAAAAUUAUUUAUGUAUCUUCUGCAACUUGAAAAGUUCUUCAACUUGUCUGAAAUUGAUAGCCUCCUCAGUGCAAACUAGAGUUUGAAUUAAUGGGCAAAGCUAAGGACAUAGCAUUCUACAUCACAGUAUGCUGCAUUGCUUUCAUUACAUCCAAGAUAAUUAUUUCCAUCCUCCUCUACAAGAGAUGGAAAAGAAAGCACUUAGUCUAUGAAGAUGGCUUCUCAGGAGGCAAGAUGGUGUUGUUCAAGUCUGCAAUAAUGCAGCAGCCUCUAUCAUCUGAUGUGUUGUUGAAGAAAACUUUAAAAUUGAGCAACAAGGACAUCAUUGGCUCUGGAGGAUAUGGAACUGUUUACAGAUUGAACAUAAAUGAUUCUGUGGCCUUUGCUGUCAAGAGACUAAACAGGGGAAGCGCAGAGAGAGAUCGAGGUUUCGAAAGAGAGUUGGAGGCUAUGGGGGAUAUCAAGCAUAGGAAUAUUGUCACUCUUCAUGGAUAUUACACUGCACCUCAUUACAAUCUUCUCAUAUAUGAGUUAAUGCCUAAUGGAAGUCUAGAUGCAGUCCUGCAUGGGAGAUCAAUGGAGAAGAAGGAUUUGGAUUGGGGAUCCAGAUAUAGGAUAGCACUAGGUGCUGCAAGAGGGAUUUCAUACCUGCAUCAUGAUUGCAUUCCACACAUAAUUCAUAGAGACAUCAAGUCUAGUAAUAUAUUGCUAGAUCAGAAAAUGGAAGCUCGAGUAUCUGAUUUCGGAUUGGCUACCUUGAUGGAACCUGAUAAGACUCAUGUUUCUACAUUUCCAGCAGGAACUUUUGGAUACUUGGCUCCUGAGUACUUUGAUACAGGGAAGGCAACUGCAAAAGGAGAUGUUUAUAGUUUUGGAGUUGUUCUUUUGGAGCUUUUGACUGGAAAGAAACCCACAGAUGAAGCAUUCUUUGAGGAAGGGACUAAGCUUGUGACCUGGGUAAAGGCAGUUGUUGAAGAUAAAAGGGAAGUGCAUGCACUUGACAGUAGGCUGAAGUGUGCACCGACUGAUGAGAUUAAUAAUGCAUUCAGAAUUGCAUUUAUGUGCCUUGAACCAGAGCCCUCUAUGAGACCUUCCAUGGCUGAGAUAGUCAAGAUGCUUGAGCAAGUAAAAUCAGACAAUUUGUAAACGAUUCUU